AUGGCGCCCAAGAACCCCUUCCGGUUCGGCGACGGCCUCUGGGAUCCUUCGAACCGCUUCGAGACGUCUUGGCUGCUGAACCCGUGGCUUCUCUUCGCCUUUCGCGCCCUCAUCUCCAUCUACGCCUUUGUCACGCGCUUCUUCAUCAUCGGAUGGACAUGCACCCAUAGCUCGGUCGGCGGCUGCGAAGAGGUUCGACACUCGUUUAGCUACUUCACCAUCCUCACGUACUGGGGCAUCGCCUUCUACUUUGCUGUCGCCGCUAUACACACAUUCACCUACGCGCUGCGCGGCAGGCCACUACUCGAUACUCUUCCUCGUCCUCUUCAAGCGCUGCACACGCUCUUCUACACGACCAUUGUCACAUACCCGUUCCUCGUCACCAUCGUGUACUGGGUUGUUCUGUACAAGGGUGACUGGUUCACGGUUACCUUUAGCGCGUGGUCCAACGUCAGCCAGCAUGGCCUCAACAGCUUGUUUGCACUCUUCGAGAUCUUUAUCCCCCGAACGAACCCCCCCGAGUGGGUGAACAUUCCCUGGCUGAUCCUGAUCCUCGCCCUGUACCUCGCGCUGGCGUACAUCACCCAGGCCACCGAGGGCUUCUACGUCUACAGCUUCCUCGACCACAACGACGUUGGCGGAAGGGGCAUUGUCGCCGCGUACAUCAUUGGCAUCGCUGUCGGCAUCGUCGUCAUCUUCUGCAUCGUCUGGUGUAUCAUCUGGCUCCGGCGCUGGGUGACCGAGACCAAGCUGGGCAAGGACGGCAAGUUCGCCAAGCAGCCCGACAACCACGACGAUAUCGAGAUGACGUCUGCCGCCAACAAGUAUGCAAUUGGCAGCGCUCCCGAGGCGCCGGAUAGGAUGUACUGA